UUAUAAUGUUACGGUAUAAUGACCUGUUAGUAUAUAGCUCGGUCUCGAGUGAGCAAGACACAGUCCCGUCGGGCGUAACAAAAAUAAAUAAUUAAUUAGCUAAAUAUUAGAAAAAAAUAAAUCUAAUUUUAUGUAAUAGAAAAUCGAAAAUAUAUUUGUUGUCACGCACCAGUGUUUCUGGAAAUGGCUAUUUUACGGACAUGCGUAUUCUUAGUAAGCGUAUUGGGGUACUGUUUAGGUGCGAAUAUUUUAUAUCUUAUUCCAUUUACGGCGAAGUCGCACUAUAUAAUGCAGAGGCCUAUAGGCCUCGAGUUAUCUUAUAGAGGACAUAAUGUAACUGUUGUAACAGCCCACAAAGAAGUUGAACACCCACCAAAUUAUCACCAAGUUAUGGUGGACAAUAAACAGAUUUGGGAUGUUCUUGGUAUUAAACGUCCGAAUGUAUUUACAAUGGUCGAUAUGACGUCUGAAGAAUUUCACAAAAACAUACUUUGGUCCGGUGGGCUAGCAUUCACGGAAGUGGCUUUAAAUUCGAGCGAAGUACAGAAAUUUCUUAAGCAAGAUCACACAUUUGACUUGGUAAUAUCGGAGCAGUUUUUUCAAGAAUCUAUGUAUGUUUUGGCCCACAAAUACAAUGCUCCUUUAAUAUUGAUAACUACGUUUGGAAAUUGUAUGCGUCAUAAUAUUAUCUCAAGAAAUCCACUGCAGCUAUCCACAGUAGUAUCUGAAUUUCUUGAUGUGAGAGAACCUAUGAGUUUUUGGGGUAGAAUGAGGAAUUUUUAUUUCACAUUAUACGAGUUUGUUGUAUGGAAGUAUUGGUAUUUGGAGAAACAAGAGGCGUUAGUAAAGAAAUAUAUACCAAACUUGAGGGAACCAGUUCCUAGUUUGUAUGAUAUACAGAAAAAUACUUCUCUGAUGCUUAUAAACGGACAUUUUAGUUUCGAUAAUGCCGCUGCUUACGGGCCUAAUAUAAUUGAAAUUGGUGGGUUGCAUUUAACUUUAACAAGAAGUAAUGUGUCACUGCCGAAGGAUCUUCAGAAUCUUUUAGAUGGAGCAAAGAAUGGAGUAGUUUAUGUAAAUUUUGGUUCUAAUGUGCGCAGUUCAGAAUUACCAAUCGAUAAAAAAAAUGCAUUUUUAAACGUAUUUAGGCGGCUCAAACAGACUGUUAUUUGGAAAUGGGAGGAAGACUCUUUAGAAAACAAGCCAGAUAAUUUAUUUAUAAGGAAAUGGUUACCACAAAAAGAAAUUCUUUCGCAUCCAAACAUUAAGGUGUUCAUAUCACACGGUGGAUUAAUUGGAACACAAGAAGCUAUUUUUCACGGCGUCCCUAUUGUUGGGAUACCAAUUUACGCAGAUCAGUUCAAUAACUUACUUCAGGCCCAAGAGAUUGGUUUCGGUCGAAUAUUAGAGUAUCACAGUAUUAAUGAAGAAAAUCUAUGGAAUAUUCUUAAUGAUGUAUUAAAAAGUUCUUCAUAUAAAAAUAAAGCUCGAGAGGUUUCGGCUAGAUUUAAAGACAGGCCAAUGAGUGCUAUAGAUACAGCUAUGUUUUGGAUCGAAUAUGUUUUAAGAAACAAAGGAGCUCCUUAUAUGAAAACACCUGGUCUUAAAUUAAAUUGGUUUGCGCAUCAUAUGCUCGAUGUUUAUGCGUUCAUUUUCACAUUAUUUAUUGCAUUAAUAUUUGUAAUAAAAAUUAUAAUUAGUACAAUUUUGUUUAAGAAAGAAAGUCCGAAGAGAGAAAAUAAAAAGAAAUAUAAUUAAGAAAUUGAGAAUGUUGGUAUCCUAACUGCGUUAAUAUUGUUUUUAACGUAAAGGUAUUUUUAUUUUUUUAUUUUGUGAACGGUGGGAAAAAUCAUGCAGUACUUUUACAAUUUCUCAAAAAAAAUUUGAAUUAUUUAUUUAUGUUCAUGUGAUACAUUAAUGUGGCAUUAAAACGUCGUCUGCAAGAAACAUUGCAUGUUACCUGUGUGUACAUGUGUAAUUAAGCAAAUAUUUGAACGAAACAUUGGUGUUUGAACAGGGUGUAUGGUCGAGCGCACCGCUUUUGUCCACUGUAUGUGGCGGGAUUGUAAUGGGUUGGCUAGGACUUAUGAAUUCCAAAUGCAGAGGCCUUGACUCCACUAUUGCAUCACCUUGUUUCCUUUUUCAUGGGUUCGGGUAGACUUUUAUCUUUUGUGUCUGUGUAUGUUGACAUUAGUUUGUAGCUUCCUUUUUUGCUUGUUUUGAAUAUACACUUUUUU